AUGGCCCAAUCAAUCAAGACUGUUUCCUCUCUCACCCGCACCGUCUCCUCAACCAGUGUUCGGAGCAUCAGUAAUGAUGAAACCGUACCUCCUCACACUCCCCGGCAUGUGCUCCCGCAGUCCGAGCCCACCUCGAUAAAACAUAUCAAAGCCGGUUCCUGUGUGCAAGUCUCCGUCUCCGAAAUUCCCAAGCGCAAACCCGUCCUCAUUCCCCCCAAUCCUACCACCACAAUUAUAACAGCAACACCAUACCACGACUCCCCAUUCGCGGAGAAAGGCGCUGGCGCUACCUCAGCAAAUUCUCCCUGGCGAUCCUUCACCAGCAAAUUCAAACGUCCAUUCAUGAAAUCGACGUCCGUCGCAGCAAGUCCAUCACGACCACCAACACCACCAACACCACCAAUAACGACAGCAGCGCAAACCAACGACCUCAAAGCAAAACUCCCCUUCCAGUCUAACAAGAAAAAACAACGUGUCUUCUUCAUAAUCGGUGGAGUAGUCCUUCUCCACCUCAUCCUCGUAAUUGGGUUGGCAGUGGGUCUUUCGGGGCGGAACAAGAGCAGUAAUAUUAAUCAUCACUCCUCUGCCGACCUCCCGCUACCCAACAGCCAUGGAGGGCCGUAUACGGGCGAUUUAACGUAUUAUGACGCGGGACUGGGCGCUUGUGGGAUUGAGAGUUCGGCUGGGGAGCCUGUGUGUGCUGUAUCGCAUUAUCUGUAUGAUGCGGUGUCUGUAGGGCCGAAUCCGAAUGCGAACCCGCUGUGCGGAAAGAAGUUAAGGUUGCGGAGGGCGGGGAGGAGUGUGGACGUUACAGUUGUGGAUCGAUGUGUUGGGUGCCAGCCAAAUGAUAUCGAUGUCUCGCUUAGCGUUUUCACGCAACUGGCGUUGGAAGAGCAGGGGCGUGUGGAUGUGCAGUGGGCGUGGUUGGAGGAUACACCCCUCCCGCGCACGCCCCCACGCACGCCAGGGUAG